AUGGAGGGGACUUUGUUGACACCGGGGGAUGGAAAGAGGCAGAAGAGGGUGAGGUUUCGAGUGGCCUCAGGGAAUAGCGGGCGGGUUUUGAAAGAGAUGUUUAAGGAUGAAGGGCCAUCAGAUUCCCUGGAUUCAGACUGCACCAGCAGUUCUGAUGCAGACCGGGCCAGCACCCCAUCCAACACCAGUGGCGAGUUUAACAGCCUCCUGUGUAGAUAUUUGGUGUCUGAGCUGGACGACAGUGGAAGUGAACCUGACAAUUUGCUUGUGUUUGCAGGAGGGAGAGACAAGGACAGAGUGUUGAGUACCAGACGAGUGAAUAUCCUCAGUAAAAAUGGGACAGUUCGAGGAGUCAAGCACAAAGUCAGUGCUGGCCAAAUUCUCUUUGAUAACUUGGCUAAAAACAAUGGGGUAAAAAUGACUCUAGAGUUUGGGCGAAUUGUAAUCUACACCACCAGUUUUCGGGUGGUAAGGACUACAUUCGAGCGAUGUGAGCUAGUCCGAAAGAUCUUCCAGAACCACAGGGUGAAGUUCAUAGAGAAGAACAUUGCCUUGGACAGUGAGUAUGGGAAGGAACUGGAAACACGCUGUAAACGAGUGGGUGAAUCUCCCUCACUACCUGUGGUAUUCAUCGAUGGACACUACCUAGGGGGUGCAGAGAAAAUACUUGAAAUGAAUGAGUUAGGGGAGCUUCAGGACCUCCUAAACAAAAUUGAGAGGGUACAGCAACCCGACAGUUGCCAGACGUGUGGGGGAUUCGCCUUUGUCCCGUGCCCUAUGUGCCAUGGCAGCAAAAUGUCUGUGUUUCGCAACUGCUUUACAGACUCAUUCAAAGCCCUAAAGUGCACAGCAUGCAACGAGAAUGGUCUUCAGCCCUGCUCCAGUUGUUCUCACCGUUCUCUUCAAGUGCCUGCAACCCCAUCCCAGCAUCUCUAAACCCAGAAGCCAUGUAAAGAACUACAGAGAUGCAGAAUGAACAGCUAUUUGUGAAUAAACUGUUUUUAGAAAAUGUUAUGAGUCCACAAAUAUAGUUUAUACCAUAUUUGUAAUUUAAUAAUGGAUUUUAUUACAACAUAGGCUUUUUGUCAUAUGCCAACAGGUGCCAAAGAUAAAUAUCUGGAAACAUUAAACAUUCCAACAGCAUGGACAGUGUCUGACACUGUAAAUAAUAGAGCAAUUAAAGGUGCACUCAGUCAUUUUUUUCCUCAUUAAAAAAGUUGAACUCCUAAAGACAUGAAUUGUAAUUUUGCAUUAUAUGUAAAAAACCAUGAGCACUCAUAUUAAAAUAAAGACUCCAGCUAUAUCAGUUACUUAUAAAAGCUGUUUUAUUCUUCAUGGAGAGUCCACACAUGGGGGCUGCCAUGUUAGAAUCACAUGACCAGCCGAAUACUACUCACCUAAUCUCAGUAACAACCCUGUUAUAUAUAUAUUUUUUUUAGUAUUUUUUUAUUUCCUCCACAAUUUGGAAUGCCCAAUUCCCAAUGCGCUCUAAGUCCUCGUGUCUGAGUGGUGGAGGAAGAAUGUCAGUUGCCUCCGUCUCUGAGAUGGUCAACCUGCACAUCUUAUCAUGUGGCUUGUGGAGCGCGUUACCGCGGAAACAUAGCGGGUGUGGAGGCCUCUCGUUAUUCUCCGUGGCAUCCACCCACAACUCACCACGUGCCCCACCGAGAGCGAGAACCACAUUAUAGCGACCACAAGGAGGUUGCCCCAUGUGACUCUACCCUCCCUAGCAACCGGGCCAAUUUGGUUGCUCAGGAGACCUGGCUGGAAUCACUCUGCACGCCCUGGAUUCAAACUCAUGACACCACUAAAAUAAUCAUGGCUGACUGUGAAUACUUAAAUUCUACAAUGGCUUCUGAAACUGAAAACUUGCUGCAUUCAAGCUGCUAAGUGUCAAUGUAAGUCCAAAAGGACACAAAGACAAAGGUUACUGAGUGCACCUUUAUGUAAAUUAACUACUGUAGGGGCUCAGAGAGGGAUACCAUAUUUCCAUGCUCUAUGAUCCCAGCAUUAGCCAAAAUUCAAAGCAUUACCUAUUAAAUAUUAAAGUGGGUGGUGCCAUUUCCAUCUGAGGUGAUUCAAUUGACUGUACAAAAAAAGGGAUCAAAGAAAAAGCCCACAACAAGUGACGUGUGUCAUUAUUUGCCAGUAAAUCAGGGAUUUUUACGUUCAAAUGUAAUUAUUCAAGCCUAUUCAGGAAUCAAAUUACCUGGCAUUGAAAGAAGAUGACCUAAUGUAGCCUAUGUAUACUGUACAUCUGUAAUCUGCAAUUCACCCACGAUCUCACGCUGACCUUAUCUAGGGUUCAUUCAAAAGUAAACAAACAGAUUGCAUUUAAAAAAUAAAUAAAAAAAUAAAAAGAGACAACAAUGCCACAAUAAUGCAUUUCAAUGAUAUUUUAUACGGAGUAAUCACUAGUGAUACUUGAGGUUGGAAGUAAUUCUUAGUUCUGGU